CUGAAUCAUUCGCUUUUUGUCUUUGUGCUUCCCGAAUCAAACUUUCACUCCUAACAACAAAUUCUCAAACAGCUUCAAAAGAUGUCAUCUCCAAUCUUCGUACUAGAAACAACCUCCCUCAACGCCAUUCGAUCCCUCCCCUCAGAUAUCUACCUCGUCCACGCGACAAACUGCAUCGCCGAAUGGGGCGCUGGAAUCGCCGCCGAACUCGCAACUGUAUUCCCAGCAGCGUGCAAAGAGUACAAGGAGUUCUGCAACGCAGACAUACCCAACGCGUCAAGAUGGCCGUCGCGAAGUCUAGCGGGGAAAUGCUACAUCAUUCCGUCUCAGGCUUCAGACACGGCGAAGGGAGCUCCAAGGAUCCAUAUCGUAUGUCUUUUUAGUAGUUAUGGAUAUGGGAGAGCGAAUCAGAGGACGGGAAAGCCGGGGAAGGAUGGUGCAGUAAAGAUUUUGGCCCAGACGAGGGCGGCGUUGAAAGAGAUGAGGGUACAGUUGGAGGCUAAACAGGGGCGGGACUCUGAUGGAUUUCCGGUGAUUUACUCUCCCAUGUUUAACUCGGGAGCGUUCAAGGUGCCAUGGGAGAGCACAUCUCGACUUAUCGAGGAGGAGUUCAAUGGUUUUGAGGGCCGUUGGUUGAUAAUGGCGCCUCCAUAAGAUCAUGAUGAUGGUUGUCUUUCGGCCUAUUUGGCCAGAGUUUGGGCUUCAUUUACAUAGAGAAUUAAUCAUUCCAAGCCCAGGCCAGGUUCAUACCAAAUGGAUCCAAAACUGAUCUCAUUUCUAUCACAUUGGAUUGAGGUCUGGCGUUUUCUUUCCGCGAUAAAUCUCCACUGCUAUUGCAUUCGCCACGAAUAUAAG